UCGACCAGCAGCUGCUAUUUUGUAUGAAUUUGUAUGAAUUCAUCUUACGUGUAUUUCACCUAGACUUUCUAGACAUCGAUUCGUAUAUCUUCCUCAUCAUGUCAGUUGGCACUGUUGGAUUCAUUGGAGCUGGAAAAUAGCCCAAACUAUCACAAAAGGGCUUCUAGCUGCAAAUGCUGUGGCUCCAGAAAAAAUAGCAGCUAGUGACCCGGCUAGUCACAAUCUCAAAGUGCUUUCAGAUAUGGGAACCAAAAUAGCUGAAAAUAACGAGCAACUCCUUGAGAUGUCAGACACUGUCUUCCUAGCCACCAAGCCAAACAUUGUUGGGAUAGUCCUGAAAGAGAUCGCCCCGUACGUGAAGAAAGACCAUCUCUUUGUAUCCCUAGCAGCAGGCAUCACCCUGGACUACCUGCAAAGUAGCUUACCAGAGGAGACGAGAGUGAUCCGUGCCAUGCCGAACACACCGGCCAUCAUCAUGGAGGGAGCGACGAUCUUCUCAGUCGGUCAGAACGUCCGCGAGGGGGACAGCAAGAUGUUCCAGUCGUUGCUUUCGCAGCUCGGGAUCUGCUUGGAAGGGGAUGAAUCACUGAUCGAUGCAGCCAUGUCCGUCAGCGGGUGUGGUCCUGCUUAUGCAUAUGUGGCCAUUGAUGCUUUAGCAGAUGGUGGAGUUAAGAUGGGACUGCCAAGAGAUGUGGCCAUUAAGCUUAGUGCCCAGGCGUUAUUGGGCUCAUCCAAGAUGGUCUUAACAGGUGGCAAGCACCCCUCCCAGCUCAAAGACGAGGUGUGCUCACCGGCAGGGACUACCAUCGAUGCCAUCUACGAGCUGGAGAAGGGCGGCUUCCGGAGAUGCCUCAUCGAAGCGGUCGAGGCAGCAUGUCUCAAGGCAAGGCGCCUCAACGCAAUGCAACUUUUCAACAACAAAUAGAUUGAGCGUCGAGUCGAUAAUGGACAUCGGCUUUCAGUGAAGAAAAUUCUUUCAGAUGUAGAAGAAAGUUCAUUGGUUUUCAUAAUCUUGAUCUGUCUAUAUGGGCUAAGACUCUGAAGUCUGGGUUUAGACUCUUUGGGCUAAGAAUCUAUUCAAAGUCGAGGCUAAGACUGUUUAAAGUUGAAGUCUUGAGUAAGACCAUGUUCAAAGCCUGGGCAAGGACUCUGUUUAAAGUCUGGGCUAAGACUCUGAUAAGUCCUAGACUAAGUCAUUGUUUAUGUACUUCCAUGAAUUUCAUCUUAGGAUCACCUGCUGUGUAGUUGCUCUGUUACCAUUUUUCGUACAGGGUGACAUCAUAAAAUGCAUAAUAUUUGCCUAGUUUCGUACACAUUAUGAUAACAUUUUCAAUAUUUUUGCAUUGAUGUCAAAACAGGAUCGAAUAGGGGGAUCCCUGUGUAAUAAGUCAUGCACUAGCUCAUACUUGUCACGUAAAAGUGUACACAUGUGUGGUUAAUGGUAAUUCAGGGUUCAAUCUAUAUGAAGUGAACCCGUCUUGGAAACUAGAAAAUGUGACUGAACCCCUAUGGUCUAUAAUCCACUUAUUCAGUUACCAACCCUAGGCCUAAAUUGCGUUCCACAAAAGGGAAACUUAGUCUACAGAGUGACUUCCUUAUUGAACCCAAUUUUGUGUGAAAGCCCAAAGCAAGCAUCGAGUUUGAAUUUUAGUGGAACAAGGUACUAGAAGUUCAUCUACUGUUAUACCAUGUGUCAAGAGGAACAGACUUAAACUGGUCUGAUUCACAAAUUAUUGUCAGAAUUCAGGUACCUACCUUCAUCAUACUCUUUUAUUUUGGGUCUCAUAGCAGAAGAAGAACAAUUUCACACAUAUGUUCAGUAUAUUUGCAUUCAAUGAAUUUUGAAAUGUAGUUUAAAGUUUGUAGGAAUGAUAUAAAAGCACAGUCUUCACAUUUUUUUCCUUCUUAAUUACCGGGUAUGUUAAUCUUUGAAUUUCUGCAUUUGUUAUUUAUGUAUUUGCUUCUUUUUAACAAUUCACUGCAUUCCAUUUUGUUUGCUUUAGUUGCUGCCUUAAUAUAGAUAAAAGCAAUUUUAUUUUCUUGCCUUUGAUUUGUUGCCUUAUGUUACAAAGUUACGUGUUAUUAAAGUAUUGUACAAAGUGUAAUGAUUUACAGGAUACUUUCUUUGCGUAUAAAUAUUCAGAUUGCCCUGCAUACUUUGAUAAGAAUGUUGCAACAUUUAAUGAGGUGUAGAAUAUUUGCAGGGCUCGCCCUUAUAAGUAUUAUUGGGGUUUUCAGAUGGGCAACCUAGACAAAUGCUUAGGUUGCCAAAUUCAACUUUAAGUUGUGAGCUGCAGUGAAUUGCAUAUAAUCACAUGGAAUAAUGACUUCUGUGAGAUUUUUUGUCAACCAGAGCCGCACAGGCAGUAUAUUUAUGUAGCUCGACCAUUGGGAUUUAAAUGGCCAAUGGUAUUCAAGCAGUGUCUAAGAAAUUUUAAUUCUAAAGUUAAGCUACAUGUACAUAUUCUAGAAAUUUGCAUUAUAAAUUUAUAAUGUAUUUAAUACUUACUUAUAAAUAAUUCAUUAAUAAUUAACUAUUAUGAUUAAUUUCUCUUGCUUGCUAUUAAUGAUAUACCAUCCUUCCAAUGUUUACACAUGUAUGACAGUAUUAUGAUCUCCUAUUUUUAUGGACUUGAUUUUGCCUUUGAUGUUAUUUUUAUGUAAUUAUAAUCAAUGAGGAACAUGUAAUAUUUACAUGUGUGUAAAUAAUUGAUUUAAGCCUUGUUCAUUGUUAAAAUAUCAGUGAUAAAUGUUUUUAUUUUUUAUACUUUUUUUAAUGAUUUAAGUGUAAUAAGCUUCCCAUUUCCUAUUUUAUAAUACAGAGCUAAGUGAAUAUGCGUAGGUUGAAAAAACCUGCCAUUUUAUUUUUACAAAUAUGGUUCAUGGCCUCAUAUCUAAACAAGCUUUUGAUGAGACUUUGGAAUGGGGCCUAGGAUUUCGUAGAAGAUGAUAUUCUGAAUUUCAUCUAAAAAAAUUCAAAUUGUUUUCUCUGUACAGUAUUGAAAUUUUUCAGCCCAAAUUAAAAGGACUGCCAAAUUAGGUGUACAAUU